GUUCGCCAUGCGGCGGAAAAGAAUUCGGGAGCCAAGCAAAGUUGUUGAGCUAGCCGCCUCAUUAUUCCUCAUUUACCAGCAAGUACGCAUCGCUUGCGGACCAGAGUCCAUUACAACACCUGGCACAAAAGAUGCCUCUGCUCGUACCAUUCCCUUUUCACCCAUGCCCAAUCUGCGGACGUUGCUAUGCCCAAUUAUAUGGACCUCAUUCUUAAUACACUCGUACCUUUCAUCAUGGUUUCUCGUUGUGGCUGAGACUGGAACGGCUCGUAAUGUUCAGUUGGAAACCAGUAGUAUGCCGUUUCCUGCUACCAAACUCGCUGAUCUCAAUGGUUCACACAAUCUAACCACGGAGUCUCAGUCGUCAAAUCAUCCAGCUCUUCUUUACGGGAUCCUGGCAACGACCGUGGUAAACGCUGCGGCUUUAGUGGGAUUUGUGUUCGCACCGUUUAACAAAUGUCCUGGCUACUCCCUCCUCAUUUCGUUCAUGGUUGCUACUGCUGUUGGAUCGCUUUUCUCUGCUGCUAUAUUGGUGCUGAUCCCAGAAGCUUUUCAGCUAAUGACUACCACAAACGAUGGUCAGCGCAGUACUCACUGGUAUAUCCUACGGUCGGUCAGUGUGUGCAUUGGAGCUGCACUGUUCUUUAUUCUGGAAUUUUUACUCAGAUUAUUACGUACGACACUGGAGUAUCAUUCUCGUGACCCUCGAGUGCUACGCCGAGUUUCAACCAGAAAACGCCAAUCCAGUCUACCAAUCCCGUAUGAUGGCCCGACUAUGUCAGAUCAAGGGGAUGUGGCGCUGGACACAGCCUCACCAGUUUUGAAUGUUAAUGGUUUCAACAACUCGGAUAUGCAAGUGUUGGCCGCGCGAAAAUCGGCAGAUCUUGCAGGUCUCUCAUCCUCCCGUCAGGAUUCCGUCGUGGUAUGUGAAGGAUUGGACGAUGACAGUACACCGAUCCACUGUUGUACAAAGAAUCUGUGCCAUCGUCUAGCCACACUGGACCCAAUCGUUUGGAUGAUUGUCCUGGGGGAUGGAGUGCACAACUUCAUGGAUGGCGUCUCCAUGGGUGCUGGUUUCGCCACAGAAAUGCGCCUGGGAUUAAGCGUGUCCCUGGCUGUGUUGUGUGAAGAGUUACCGCACGAGUUGGGUGAUAUCGCUGUGUUGCUGCGUUCUGGUUUAUCUGUUCCAAUGGCAAUCCUGUUCAAUUUCUCCUCCGCCUGCAGUGCCUACCUCGGUUUCUUUGUGGGUUUCUAUUUAGGCGACAUGCCAAAUGCUACGGUGUAUAUUUUCGCAAUUACCGGUGGAUUCUUCCUUUACAUCUCUUUAGCAGAUAUGCUUCCAGAAUUGCGAAAAUCUGAAGACCAAUGUAUGGAACAAGGUCAAGCUGUUCUACCCAUAUUCCUCAUUCAUUUUUUUGGUAUGGUAUUUGGAUUCGGUUGCGUGACAGCGAUCACAUUGGCGGGAGAGCAUAUUGCUAUCUGACUCUAUCGCUUCUCCGAUAGUGAACCAGUAAUGAGAGCAACAAGCACCUCUUCAUCUCUCCCAUUGGUGAAACAACAAACAUCCACUUGAGAAAUGCCGGUCAUUUGUCGAGAUCUGGUUCAGGCUUUCAGGAUCAACUGACGAUAACUGUACUUUCAGUGUUCUUUUAUACAUAUUUUACCAGUCCUAUCUGUAUACGCUCGAUUCUGCUAUCGUAUAUCAGCC